UCUCCCUGAUUCUCAUUCCUCACCUGUAAUCUCUACAAGCUUAUCCUAAUGGAGACAGACAGGAGUGGAGAGACAGCAAUCAACAUUACCCCGGGGACAAAGGCCAACGGUAAAGGAAAAGCCCCUGUGGUAGUCUCUUCAACAAAAGCUGUGGAACAACCAAAAGGAGGAUUGAAAAAAGGCAUUGCCAUUUGUGACUUCCUGUUAAGGCUCUGUGCCAUUGGAGCUGCCUUAGGUGCCACUGCCACCAUGGGGACUACCGCUGAGACUCUCCCUUUUUUCACACAGUUCUUACAGUUCCAGGCUCAAUAUAACGAUAUUCCAGCUUUUCAGUUUUUCGUGAUAGCGAAUGCAAUAGUUGCGGGGUAUCUUCUCCUCUCCUUGCCAUUCUCCAUUAUCUGCAUCAUUCGUCCUUAUGCAACAGCGCCAAGGCUCCUCCUUGUCAUCUUUGAUACAGUGAUGGCGGGUCUAACUAUAGCUUCAGCUUCAGCUUCUGCUUCUAUUGUGUAUUUGGCUCAUUAUGGAAACCCCAACACAAAUUGGCUUGCUAUUUGCCAGCAGUUUGGAGACUUUUGCCGGAGUGUAAGUGGAGCUGUGGUGGGUUCCUUCAUAGCAGGAGCCAUCCUCAUGGUCAUAAUCGUGCUCUCCGCUUUUGCUCUCAAACGAAGCUGAGAAACAAAACAGCAAAAGAAACUAAAGUACUUAAUUACUCUUCCCAUGUAGCAUAUUGUACUGCUUUACUAUUGAAGUUUGAAAAAAAUACUUUUUCUGUAUCCAUUGGCUUGUGAGUCGUUUGUGGUGUCAAACCAUAGGGGUGGAAGCUAUUGAAUAAUUGGCUUUUGGUGUAA